AUGCGUUCCGAUCAUUUGCACACGGAAAGAUGCGCACUGAUCAUUUGCACAUUGAAAGAUGUGCACCAAUCGGAUCCAGUACACUUGACCGACAAUCACUUGAUCAACAGUUCAUUUGACCGACACCGUUUGGCCGACAGCACACUUGGCCGACAGUAUCACUUAAUCGACAAUUACAUGAUCGACAACGCGCAUCCCGAUAGCGCACAUCCCGUUAGCGCACAUCCCGAUAGCGCACAUUCCCUUAGCGCGCAUCCCGAUAGCGCACAUCUCGUUAGCGCACGUCCCGAUAGUGUACAUCCCGAUAGCGCGAGUGAGUUUCAGAUGUGCACAGAUCAAAGUGAACACAACAGGCUGAAUGAAACGGACACAGAUCGAAACGAAUUCACCCUGGUUGCAAUGGAAGCGUCCCAGAUGCGCACAGAUCGAAACAGACACCACCAAUCAGAUUGCUGA